GUGCUGCAUCCAUAAAUGUGUCAUCAGAGACGGUUUACUGAGAGAUGUUUGUGUUUGAUAGAAGAUCUGACAUUGAUUCAGUUUUCUGGAUCUUUGCGGCGUCCUCAGAUCCGCGGCAUGAGCAUCGACGAAGCCGUCGCUCAGCUGGAGUUCAACGACAAGAAAGGAGCCAAAAUCAUGAAAGAGGUCCUCCUUGAAGCUCAGGAGAUGGCCGUGAAGACUCACAACGUGGAGUACAAGUCCAACCUGCACGUGGGUGAGUGCAAAGGGAAGUACCUGAAGCGGAUCCGGUACCACGGCAGAGGCAUGUUCGGCAUCAUGGACAAAGUCUACUGUCACUAUUUUGUGAAGCUGGUGGAAGGGCCGCCGCCCCGACCGGAGCAGAAGACGGGCCUGGACCAGGCCCGAGAGUACGUCCAGAAGCUGAAGGAUCGGACCGUCAUCCACAGCCUGUAGAUCUUCACAUGUUUGAAUCAUUUUGUAAAUAAACGUCAGCAGAAACGC